AUCUUGUUGGUGAUCAUUAUAAAUUAUUGGUAUUUACUAUUUGUAGUGUUAUUUGUUACAUUCCGUUUGUCCCGUUGUAUAAUAUUAUUUAUUACUCUAUGGUUUGUCCAUCACCAUGAUUCGUAAUCUGAUUGAUUAUUAUUAUCAUCAUUUCUGUUGUUUAUUAUUCUAAAUUUUUUUAAAUGUUGCCCAAUGCACAUAAUACACUUCUGUAGUUUAGUGUAUUAUAAUUAUUUUAGUACAACAAUAUUACAUGUAGCGGUCUGUAGUGGACUCCAACCAUCAAGAUGAAUGUCAAGAAGAAGAUCUUACCGGUCAUAUGCAUGAUGUCUGCGUACGUUCACUGGAUCAAGCCUCGUUUGCUGUCUGCUCCCACGCCUAAAGGCGGCAAGAUGAUGCUAUUGCACCUGUGUGGCCGAGCCAGAUUUCUCAUACCCAUGAUUGUGUUUACUGCAUUUUGGCUAUUUGACGCACAGAUGCAGAUCGAGGCUUCCGUCAGCCUGACGCUCAGGCGCAAUGUACAGAUAACUAUUGGUACAGUUGAAGAGGAACCUGAAGUGGACGUUGAUGAUGACGGGGAGGAGGAAGAGGAGGAGGAGGAUGAUGAUGAAGAUGAUGAUGAUGAUGCGGAUGACGAUGACGACUUGUACACCAUUGAUUCGUUUUCAGACAUCUCUUCUACUUCUGAUGGUAGUAUAAUUGCAUUGGAAGACGUUCACAUCGCCUUACAGGAGUUUGUCAAUAGUGAUUUAGCUCGUAGAAGGAUUUCUAUUAGGCGUCCUCCUCGUCGCGAUCACCCCGAGGAGUAGAAUCAACUCUGACAGAGUUGAAAGAAAAAACGGUUUUUUGCCAUCCAAAAGAAUUGAGUAGGUGUAUUUUAUAAAGCCAUAAGUUAACUACUCUAAGUGUAAUAUAUUUUGUUUAUGUUUAACAAGGUACCAAAGUAUCGUCAUUUUAGAGUUUAAAUAAAUUGCGUAUACACGCUUUUACAUGGUUGUGUGUAUGUUCACAUGUUUGACUGUUGUUGACACACUUCAGAUUGUUCAAUAUUUAAUAUUUGUAUUUUAUACUUAUGUACUAUUUAUGUAAUGUAGCAACCAAUUUGAACCACAUAUUAUACCGGUGGUCUCGUUUACUACGUUAAAGAUGUUUUUGACUUUCUCCAAAAGACAAUAACGAUCCGUGAAUACAACAUGGUGAGAAAAUACUUGUGUGCAAGCUAUUUUUUUUUUGCAUCGGGAACUGCUCAAACAUCUUUGAUCUUAUUUCCCGAAUCAUGUGACAGACUACGAGAAUAUAUUCAUUUUUAUUUAUUAUUUCCACUCGCAACGUCAGUAAAUAUAGUGUAGGUAUAAUAGACGUACACAAGUAUUAUAAAUUACUAUAUUAUAUGUUAAUAUGUAAAUGUUUAUUAUAGAAUAGGUACGUACAUUUGAUAAUAUCCUUAAUGAGUAUGAUAAUUUCACAAUAAAUAACAAAUUACAAAUUGUUAGAUUUUGAGCACUUACAUUUUAAAGAGUAUUCAUUUUCUAUCGGUAUAAUAAGUGAGUUUGGUGGUUCAAGACAUAAUUUUAAUUAUGAAUUUGGGUGAACAUGCAUAAAAAAUAAUGAGAAGACUGAUGUAAAAACUAUUAUUUG